CUAAUCGAAGGCACUGAUCUCAUCACCGACCAUGGAAAGGGUCAACUUACUGUUCUAUUGUCUAGAAAUUUUAAGGAGGCACAAUGUAUCCAUUCUAGGACGACAUUGGAAGAGGACCCUUUAACACGGCUUUUAGAACAAGAGCAACCAAUGCCUUUAGAUGAAAUUCUUGGACAAGUGUUUAGGUCAUCCACUUCCACAUCUAGAGAAGGGUCAUUGCCUCAAAAUGCAUGGUCAACUGAAGUUGGUGCUUCUUCAUUUGGUUUCCCUAAUACACUAGGAAACUCCCUCAAUCAAUUUCAACCACCAAGCUUCCCAAUAUUGUAUCCUUAUGAUAAUGUUAGUGAUGGUGUUGGUCCUAGUGCAAGUGCUGGUUCUAGUGUUGAUGUUCGUGCUAGUGCUGCUGCUCUUGUUGCUGUUGGUGCUGCUAGUUCUGGUGCUAUUGCUGAUGCUGGUGUUGUUGCUUGUGCCAAUGUCGGUGCUAGUCCUUAUUAUGGUAGUUAUCAUCAACAAUUUCCAAGUCAUCAUCGUUUUGAAAUGAGUGAGAUAAAUCCGAUAGGAACAUCUUCAACGGGAGCAAACCCUUGGGGUUCUCCAGUGCCAAUGAUGCCUGAAUAUAAUGAGGCAUUUCUUUGGCCGGAACCACCAACGAAUUUUGAAGACUAUGUGCAGGCUUGGGAGGGAUGUUUGGUUGGAAGAAUUCACUCUAGUAUAUCCCUUAAUCAAGCAAAGACCUUGAGGAGACUAACAUCAUCUAUCACGCUUACGUAUCAGUGGCCGAGUAGAUUGGAAAUUGUCCUCUUCUUACCCAAAACGGCUGUAAGCUAUACCACAAGGUUUUAUAAUGGACGCAUUGAUCAUGUGUUCUUCCAAGUAAAUCAAUGCAACAAUCUUCAUUUGUAUCAACAUCUCAUGACCAACAAUUUGGAGCGAAAGCAUCUCCAAGACAUGGAAAAAGGUUCAAAGAGCUGCUAUAAGAUAGAUGGGCAUGAAAUAAGAGAAAAGAGAAACAAACCAAUGAUACAUGUGUGA